UCUCCUCACCAAUUGUCAGUCCCCCUGAGAACUGAUAUGUUGUUCUGUGUAGGAGCUGGAACUGAGAGCGCACUCCUGCUUUCCAUCCACUUUCCACAAAGCAACAUCUGUGAGCGCAAUUCAUGUCUCUGAUUUAUCAUUGACUUACAGAAGGGAUUUUUUUGUCUAGUUUUAUUGCCAUGGCAAAAUGGUCACUGUUCUUUUUAUACCUUUUCCAUGGACAACUUCCCCUCAUCUUUGGGCAGCAGCAGCGCACAGCUGGGCCCUGGCGGCACCGGAUUCAGUGGGAGAACAACGGGCAGGUUUAUAGUUUAAUGAGCACUGGGUCAGAGUACCAUGCUCCGGUUCGGUCCAGAAGUCAGUCGAGGGUUUAUGUUAGCGGCAGGAGGGAUGGCACCAGGAGCCAAAUGCCGGGAGCGCACAGAGGAGCGACGCUUGUAAGACCCGGACAGGCUGAGUCCAGACAGUUCAGGACUGAUCACCGUGUAGAGCCAGGAUCUACUGCGUUAGGACGUGAUAUUAGACAGUAUGCGUCUUUUAACGGUCGUGCGUCAGGGGCACAACACUUUAACCCUGAACACAUCAACACCAUCAACGCCUCUGCACCGGGGAGGUUUGCCGAUUUUCCAGGCAGUAUAGAACGUGUCAGUAUGGAUGCCACUGCACUGUACAACAGAGGAGGAGAACCAGGGCCCGGUUCGCAAUACCAACAGUUACGCGCGGUGCCAGAGGCGAUGACUGUCUCCAGGCAACACGCGCAGACAGAUCAAUCCGUCUCAGCGCAUCCCAGAGCUCUGGAAAGGGAAUCUGAGGUCCGUGCUCCAUCCUCUGCACUUAGUGAGGAUGGUUCAAACGAGGCAAACGGUAAUGGAGAAGACAUGAUUAACGACGACCCUCGAAACCCGUUAAAAAACCACAGGAAUUCUGUUUUUUACAACUCGUAUCCCACAAGAGGGAGGUCAGUGGCCCGCACACGCCGUCCGCCUGGCACAGGAUAUGGAACAAGAUAUUUCCAAAAUGGACUGCCAGACCUCGUGCCAGACCCAUAUGCCAUCCAAGCAGGUGCAUAUGUCCAGCGCAUGCAGAUGUUUGCGCUCCGCUGUGCAGCUGAGGAGAACUGUCUAGCCAGGUCAGCUUAUGGACCUGCCGUGAGAGACAUCGACUUCAGAGUCCUCCUACGAUUCCCCCAAAAAGUGAAGAACCAAGGCACCACUGACUUCCUUCCUGUCAAGCCGAGAUACCAGUGGGACUGGCACAGCUGUCACCAACACUACCACAGCAUGGAUGCGUUCAGUAACUACGACCUGCUGGAUGUCGUCAGUGGACGUAAAGUGGCCGAGGGACACAAGGCCAGUUUUUGCCUGGAGGACACGGGCUGUGAACCUGGAUUCCGGCGGCGCUACGCCUGUACAUCUCAUACACAGGGACUGAGUCCAGGAUGCCAUGACCUGUACGCUGCCAACAUCGACUGUCAGUGGAUUGACAUCACUGACGUACCUCCUGGAAAUUAUAUCUUGAAGGUUACUGUCAAUCCCAAUUUCCACGUCCUGGAGUCAGACUUCACCAACAACAUAGUGAGAUGUGAUAUCACAUACACAGGAAUUUAUGUUCAGACACGCAACUGUCGAGUAUCAAGAGUUUGAAAUCUUCCUUUUCAAGUAUUCUGUAGAAGUUUUGCAGCAAACAUCUCUCCCUGUACUGUGCAACAACAAAAAUGACUCAAUGACUAACAAAAAGUGCAAUUGGUGCCAGUUUUUAGCUGUAACUGCUAUAGACUUGUGUUGCAUUAACUGUAAAUAAAUGCAGAGGUUUACACAUUUUGUACAUCAA